GCGAAAAAUAAUGGCGAAUAUAAAUACACGUUCUGAACCAUAAUUGAUCAAUUGUAUAUUUGUACAAAUAAUCUAUAAAGUUUCUCAAUUAAUUGUUAACUGAAAGCUAUAUAUUAUAUAUAUUUCUUAUUUAACUAAGUGUUUACACAUUACACAUAUUUUUAAUUGAGCUUCAUAUUAAGAAGAUGGAUGAAACAGAAGAAUACAAAAAAUGUUACAAACUACAGCAAACAUUAGUUGAGCUAGGAAAUUUAAUAUGGGAUAAUUCUUGGAGUUGGACAGUGAUCAAACAAGAUGUUGAUUUUUCUGUGGAGAAGGAUGGACUAUUUGAAGUAGGAGUUUCUACAUUUGUGAAUAUUACUGUGCUUUCUAACCGUUUAGAAAGACAGAAUGUGGGUUAUUGCUAUUUAUCACAUAUGGAUAGAGGAACUGCAUACAGUUUGGUGAGAAAAAUGUCUGUAUUGAAUGCUCUCAAGGAAACGAUGUGUAGUUUUGGAGGUGUAAUUUCUGAUAAAGUUUUAAUGGCUUUACAAACAAACAAUUGCACAAUUGGCCUUCCUAGUGAUCAUUCCACAAAGACUGAAACUCGAGAAUCUCGCAAUGAAAAUAGAAAUCCUCAAACAAAACCCUGUGAACCAACUAAGCCAAAAUCACCUGGAAAAAUUAAUCGUUUUCCUUCAAAAACAUUUAAUGACAAUCCAUCAGCACAAAAUAAUAUCUCGGGAAACUUCUCUUCUAGUAAGCCUAUAAAUCAAGUAAAUUUACCUGGAAUUGACAGAAGUAAUCCAAAUGUACGACUUCCUAAUUCUAACAAUGUGCAAUUUGUUUCCAAAACACCAGUCAACACUAAACCAAGCCUAGUUGUGCAUCCAAAAGUACCUCUCCAGCAAAUGCCGAGUAAUGUUAUAGCUCCCAUAACAAAUGAUAAUCCUAAACCAUUAUUGAAUCAAGCCAAAACUAAAGUAUCUGAAGAUGAAUUAAGAGAGGAACGUAAGCGGAAACAAAGGGAGCAACAGGAAUUGUUCAGAAAACAAAUGGAAUCAAAAACGUUACUUACAGCAGGAAAUGCUUCAAGUGAAAUUAGUACUCAAGAAAUGAUAGCAGCAGCAGAUCAUGCAUUGAAGUAUAGAACAGAUGGUUCAAAUGAAAGUAGAAAACGUAGUAAUAUAUGUAGUGAUGGAGAUCAACCUAAGAAAAGAGUUUAAAAAUGAUAUAAAUGAAAAUAUUGAUGAUCAAAGCAUGAAAUAUUUACCAUAAUUGAGAUAUAUUCAAUAUUUCAUAUAAACACAAAAUAGAUUUAUUUUUUUAUAUUUAUUUAUACCAUAGCGUAAUAUGUUUUACAUCAACACGCCAGUCAGGCUGCUUCGAUUGCUAUAUUGUUACUUUCUUAUAAAAAAUUUGAAAUCCAUUGUAAUGAAAUAUUUUAAUAAUUACAUUGGCAGUGUAUUCCUGGAUUAUCUCGAAACAGUAAUUUUAAAUUGAAUUUUUACCAAAAGAAAUCAAUCCACACAAGAAUUCGACACACUAAGGAAAAUUAGAAGUACAUUACAACCUGACUUUUCUUACCAGUAAAAAAAAUACAAUUAAGUAAUUAUGCUUGUUUAUAUAUAACAUAAUACUAAAUCAAAGUCAUUACAAUUAUAAGUAAUAUAUUUUGUACAAGUGGGCGUUUCAGUAGGACAAAUUUUUCACAAGUUCCAAUGGCCGAGAUAAAAUUUGAAUGAGAUUUUGAGAAAUGGUUUCCAAGUAAAUAUUUGUAAACAAGAAUAGCUGCCAACUUGUCUAAUAAAAAUUUUAUUUCAAAAAUAAAUUCUGCAGAAGUCAAUUUACUAUUGUUAUAUGUAUUCUAGAAGUUUAUAUAUUUUAUAUUAUCAUUUUUCAUAGUCUUUGGUUUUGUACCAAUUUAAA